CGAAAAACUGCCAUAAUAUUGAAAACCUUAAAGCUAGUAUUUAUUAUGAAAAUGAAGGAAUAGCUUUAGCGGCUUUUAUCUGCUCUCAAAAGCAUUUAAAAAAGUUCUCUUUGAUUAGCAGCAAUUUUGCAUUAUUUCCUGUUAAAGCUCUUUUGGAUCAGAAGCAUUCACUUAAAAGUAUAACAUUUGAAG